UCUUCUCGUUCUCGAUCAAACAAAGGAAAAAAAGAGGGAAAAAUUGAAAACAUGAUUCUCAAAACCCUAAUCCUCGCCCUUCUACUUCUCCUUCCGAUCUCCUCCACGUCCUCCGAUUCGGACCUCGUCGCCGAGCUUGUGGCCCUGCGCGCUCGCUCCCCUUCCGGCGUGAUCCACCUCGAUGACCGCGCGAUCAGCCGGUUCCUCACCUCAGCUCACCCCCGCCCCUUCUCCCUCCUUGUCUUCUUCGAUGCUUCCCAGCUUCGAGACAAGCCCGAACUCCAUCUGCCCCAGCUUCGCUCCGAGUUCGGCCUCCUCUCUUCCUCCUUCUCCCUCCACAAUCCCACCUCUACCUCCCUUUUCUUUUGCGACAUCGAGUUCCAGGAAUCCCAGUCCUCCUUCCAACUCUUCGCCGUCUCCUCUCUGCCCCACAUCCGCCUCGUCUCCCCUCACCACUCCUCCCCCAAAGAAUCCGACGCCAUGGAUCCCUCUGACUUCUCCCGUCUCGCCGAAUCCAUGGCUGAAUUCGUCGAGGCCCGUACCGGCCUCGAGGUCGGCCCCAUCAAACGCCCACCUCCUUUGUCUACCAAGCAAAUCCUGCUAUUGAUCGCCGCCCUUCUGGCUUCUGCCCCGUUCGUGAUCAAAAGAGUCCUCGCCGGCGACACGAUACUGCACGAUCGCAAGUUAUGGAUGAGCCUCGCGGUCUUCGUCUACUUCUUCAGUGUUUCCGGCACAAUGCACAACAUCAUCAGGAAGAUGCCGAUGUUCAUUUCGGAUCGGAAUGAUCCUGGAAAACCCGUUUUUUUCUAUCAAGGUUCCGGAAUGCAGCUGGGAGCGGAGGGUUUUGCCAUCGGAUUUCUCUAUACGGCUGUCGGAGUGGCAUUGGCGGCUACCACACAUGGUUUGGUGAGGCUGAAGAAUGUUAAGGCGCAGAGAGGAUAUAUGUUGGUGGCUAUGAUUGUUGCCUAUUGGGCUGUGAGCAAGGUGAUCUAUUUGGAUAACUGGAAGACUGGAUACAGCAUCCAUGCUUACUGGCCGACGAGUUGGCGCUGAUUGAAGCUUUGAUUCCAAGGAAGAUGCAGUUGCAAGAAGAAUUAUUAUUUCAGCACAUUCAAGAGGGGACUUUAAAAUAUGUAAUGGAACCUGAUUUUGAAAUAGUUUGUGAGGGAAACAUGUCUCAUCUAUGAUGAGUUUCUUAUGAAUUAGUAAAACUCAGUUACAUUUUUUUUUA